AUUUUCUCUUCCUUGGUAGAAGAUACAAAUAUUCAUAGAGCAUAUAAGAAAUUACAAUUGAUCAAACAAUGUCUACAGGAACAACGGGAUUUAAACGGAUGAGAAAGCCUGAGGAGACGAAAAUGAGAAUAAAAAAACAUGAUUCUGGUGAAACUUUGUAUCCCAUGACUGCAUUGCUAGUAGAUGGUGUUGCUGCAAAUAGACAUUUGGAGCAUCAAAUACUUGAAUCAAUAGGAAUUCAAACACAACCUGCCAAUAAUGCUCAUCAAGCAAUGCAACUUUUGUUGGAUGGUGUUAUUUUUGACAUCAUAUUUGUUGAUUUUGAUUUGCCCAUCAUAAAUGGACCUCAGUUUGUGAUGGAUAUGCGUGCACUGGGGAUACAAAGCAGAAUAGUGGGCAUGAUAUCAGACUUUACUGAUCAUAAUUCACAAAUGUUUUUGGAAGCAGGAGUCAAUGGAAACACUCAAAAACCUUUGACUCGAGAACUUUUUGAACAGAUCAUUGAAAUCCUUCGCUUCAUAUGAAUAUAAUGUUCAUCAUUGUUAUGAUGCGUUAUGCUUAUGCUUUGUAAUAGAUACAUUGACUCUUUGAGUUUAAGUGUUAAACAAAUUAUGAAAUGUAUGGGAUGAAAAAUAAAAGCAGUUUAUCUGCAAUAUGCAAUAAAAUAUUUAUGCUUUUUGAA